AUGUCUGAACGUUUCAAAGUGACGAAACACGACGAACCCUCGGGGAAGAACUAUAAAAACUACGGCGCGACGUCAGCUGAAAAUGACGUCGAGCUUAAGGGGAAGCUGCUUCCUGAUUCAGAUCCCAAGAACAGCUUGGGGUCAGAAUCUCGCCUGUUGAAUGAUAAAAUCGAAGACUUGGAGGGUUCUAACAAUGUGUCCUUUCUCGUUACAAGUUUCAACAGUACCUCAUAUAGAGACGAGAAAUAA